AUGGAGGAGGUUGUGAUAGUCGGAGCCGGCAUCGCGGGGCUAGCGACCGCAGUGGCCCUGAAGAAGGUCGGUGUGCGAGCACUGGUGCUUGAGAGAACGGAGGGGCUGAGAGCCACUGGCGCAGCCCUAGGCCUCUUCCCCAAUGCCUGGCACGCCCUCGACGCGCUCGGAGUUUCAGAUAAGCUCAUCUCGAUUUACGAACCUCUUUUCAAGGUUUACGUAACGGAUGUGAAGACCAAAGCCAUUCAGGAAGUGCGUUAUGAUGCAAGCAAAGGGAGUGGAGAUGAACAAAGAUUGGUGCACCGAAAAGUCUUAUUGGAGGUCUUGGCAGAGGAAUUGCCUCCCAAUACCAUCCGUUUCUCUUCAAAGCUCACUUCCGUUGAAACCCAAGUGGAACAAGGCUCAUCCAUUUGCAUCCUCGCGCUUGAAGAUGGAACUGUGAUCAAAUCUAAGGUUGUUAUCGGAUGUGAUGGGGUGCAUUCCAGGAUAGCACGUUGGUUAGGGCUCAGCUCACCGGUUGAUUCGGGCCGGGCUGCUAUUCGCGGGCUGGCCGUGUACCCAGAAGGCCAUGGGCUGAACCAUGAAGCUCAACAAUUCGUGGAUGUCUCAAAGAGGGCUGGUUUUAUGCCUCUCAACAGUAAGGAUAUCUACUGGUUCUUUGGUUGCAAAGCUCCUCCAAAAGGCGCGGACAUGGGAGGAGACCCAAAUUUACUACUAAGAGAAGUGGCUGACCAUUUAGCCAAAGACUUUCCUCCAUUGUACCUUGACAUCGUCGGCCACUCGGACCUUUCCACCGUGACGUGGGCCCCGUUGAUGUUCCGGUAUCCGUGGGACGUCAUCCUUGGGAACCUGACCCGUGCGAACAUCACGGUGGCUGGAGAUGCCAUGCACCCCAUGACUCCGGACUUGGGCCAAGGUGGGUGUUUGGCACUUGAGGACGCGGUUGUGUUGGGUCGGCACAUCGGAAGCUCGAUGUCCAAACGGGGAGAGAUCGAGAUGCGUAAUAUCGGGUCUGCCCUCGAGAGUUACACGAGGGAGAGGAGGUGGAGGGCGGCAGCGUUGAUCACGGCAUCCUUUUUGUCGGGUUGGGUUCAGCAGGCUGGGUCUAGUUGGUCGAUGAGGUUCCUAAGACACUUAUUCUAUAAGUUUGUAUUGGUUAGAGCCCAAAGUGCUACUAGGUACGAUUGUGGCAAACUUUGCUAACGUCUCCUCUUUUGACUUCUGUUUCAAUUCUAAACUUUGCAAAAGUUGCAUCCACACUUAGUUUGGAUUGAUGCGUUCGUUUUGAGCAGCUCACAGGGGUUCAUGUCCGGUGGCAUAAUAACAAGCUCAUGUAAUAUUCU